AGUACAUACCGAGUUAUCUAUGUGGGUUUCGGGCUGCGCGUCUGUGUCAAUAAUGGUAUAAGAUUCUGGUUAAGGCCAUGCCCGAUUACAAUUCCUACUACUAUAAGACAUGAGAUUCCUAUAAAUGCAAAAGACAGGCGAACAUUCGCCUCUGUACGUGCGCCGUGAUCUCUGGCGAUGACAACAAAAAGUUUUCAUUCAGUAAACGCAUUCUGCUGACAAUUGAAACCACAGACACGUAGGCGAGUGUGGAACGGAUCGCAGUGUUGGUGCCCGCACUCUCACUCAUACCAAUACAAAUACCCAUGGCCAUGUCCACUCAUUACAAUUUGGCCAAAAUCGUAUUAACUUGGCCAGCCGGCCUUCAGUUUCUCCAACGUUUUCAGCCCAAGCGCUCCAUGAAGCGCUGAAAGAAAUUUUUGUUUUUAAUCAUUGGAAAUAUAUCAAGGCGGAACUUAAAAGGGAAUCAGUUUUACUAAGGAUACGAUGCAUUAUUUGUAUCUAUUGAGUGGACUGGCAUUGGUCAGCAUUUGCCAGGCAGCUACAACCAGGAGUUUUGCAACCAGCAAGCCACUGCCCACCUUUGAAAAUGAUGGCACAACACCUGCACUGGCGACGCCUACGAGUGUCACGCCUUCUCCCACAAAUAGAGACAUUACUUUAGGUCCCUGCAAGUGGGCCGUGGGCCGCAGUUGUCCCGAUCCGGAUGUCAAGUAUUAUAUCUACACGCGACACAAUGCAAUGGAUAGACAAUGCCUGCACAUCGAUGAUAGCCUGGAGAAGUCCAAUCUUACAGCCUCCUACUUCAAUCCCAGGCAUCCCACAAAGAUCAUCAUCCAUGGCUAUAACUCCGAUAUGUUUCUACAUCCCCUGCAGAAAAUGAGAGAUGAAUACCUCUCUAAAUCGGACUACAAUAUUAUCUAUGUGGAUUGGAGCGUCCUGUCGCCGGGUCCCUGCUACAUCAGUGCAGUGCACAAUACACGUCAUGCAGGGACGUGCACGGCCCAGCUGGUGGAGCGUCUGGUGGAGACGGGCAAUACGGACAUCCAUGUGAUUGGGUUCUCUCUCGGGGCACAGCUUCCCAACUAUAUAGCGAGGAAUCUAAGCUCGUUUGUGCUACCCAGAAUAACGGGCUUGGACCCGGCAAUGCCGCUGUUUAUUACCUCGGGAAAUGCGGAUAAACUGGAUCCGAGUGACGCCACAUAUGUGGAUGUGUAUCAUACGAAUGCCCUCGUGCAGGGAAAGCUGGAGAGAUGUGGUCACGCCGACUUCUAUAUGAAUGGUGGCAUCAUGCAGCCAGGCUGUAAUGGACAGAAGAUUAAUUCCUUUGCCUGCAGUCAUCAGCGUGCUCCUACCUACUUCCUGGAGUCCAUACGCUCAACCAAAGGAUUCUGGGGCUGGGCAUGCAGCGGAUAUAUCUCUUACCUGCUCGGAAUGUGUCCUCCCACGAAUUUCCUGCUGGAGGCUGGUGACAACAUUCGUUCCACCACUCGAGGAAUGUUCAUGAUCGACACCAACGACAGUUCUCCCUAUGCCCUGGGCAAGUGGACGGAUCUGCCAACGCUGGGUGCCAAGCAGCCGCAUAUGCGUGCUCCUUCCAAUCAUUUAAGGGCGCCGCCCAACCAGAGUGUGGAUCCUUUGCUGCAGCACAUCGAUCAGUUUGGCAAACUGGGCGCCAACUUCAACAACCUGGCCAUGUCGCCCAGUGGCCGAGAUCCCUAUGAGCACUGGACCAGCUUUAGUCCGGAGAACAAGGAAAUCGACAACGAUGAAUCCGUGGAGGAGCAGGAUUUGGUCGAAUUCAUUGAUCCAGACGAUCGCCAGCUGUCCACACAAUCUUCCCCAACCAUGGACUGGUGGGAUUAUCGAAGGAAUCUCACGUAUGGCUUUAUAGAAAAUAAUAUAUUUGCUCUGCCAAAGGUGAAGUAGCACCCGACCGGAUCGGAUUGAGCAGUUAAAUCCCACCCUUGCCCCUACAUUCCUUACUAAUAAUUAACGGAUGAAUUCUUCAUUGUGAGGGUGAUAUCCAACAAAUGCAAAUACAGUGCGUUUCAAAACUAUACGUACUAGGCGAAAAUUGUAACUAAAUUGCGGUUUAAUCAUGCAGCAUUAUGUAUAUUACGAAUAUAGACCUAUGCUUCGUAUUCCUGAGCCCUAGAACAGUACUGUUUUAAUAAAUAAAUUAGUUAAAUAAAUGAUACAGAUUUUGUAAAUAUUAUAAAAAUACAAUAAUUGGUUAAAAACGUAUAAUUUAGAGCUAAAUGUAGGUAGGUAAGUGGUACCAUUCGGGGAUUAAUAGAGACGAGACCAUCAUCUAUGGUGGCGGGCCUUAAUUACAUAUUUUAGUUGAAUACUUUAAUUGACAAUUUAAAAAUUCCUAAUUGCUGAAUUGAAAAGUGAUUUAGCUUGAUGAUUGAUUGGA